AUGACAAUUUACCUAAUUGUCCUAUACAUUAAGAGCCGAAAUUCUAAGGAUACAGGGGUGCAGCCUUCACCAACACUUGGACCCGUCACAUCCACGACAAAUGACGAAAUCAUCGUCUGGCCCACACAAACCAUCAAAUCUUACAACGUUCCAGAAACCAAGUUGACAGAAACCUAUCCUGCUGGUGAGCCUAAAACCAGCACAUUGACAGCCGAUACACCCGAACCAACAGACUGGAGCCCUGGGGGGUCCUCCAUUUGCGGCACUACUAUCGGCGACGAUUUGAGUCCUACCUGUAAGGCAGCCUGGGAGAAAUACGACGAUGAUACAGUCUACACGAAGAAGACAAGCAGACAUGAUUCGACCACCGUUGGCAUGGGCUGUACAGCUGAAUACUCGUGUUCUGAGGACAGCGAUUACACGCCUGGGUUGAAUGGAGCGCAGCUAAAGGGACUGUAA